AUCUGACUGUACCAUCAAUGUGUACGGGUCAGUGGUGCGGGAGGUGACCAGUUGCGGGACGCGUGCUAGUGGGAGAUACCUGCUUCUAUACCUGGUGUUUGGCAGUGUCCGCUCAGCGGUCCAUUGAUUGCGACUUCAGCAUCCACCGGUCAAAAUCUUAGCGAGCGGUGUUUGACGGGAACGAAUUUUCACACAUUGGUACCGGAAGUCGUAAGACUUUUAUUUGUAUUUCAUAGUGCUGUGUGAAAAUCAUAAGAAAAUAUGGACACAUUAUUUCCGUUUAACCACGAGUUAUCCCAAAGACUUUGUCUUCCGGUGGAGAGUCCGACGUAUACUGAUUCCAAUAACAAUAGUGAUUCAGAUAAGACGUCGAGCGACGACAAGUAUUCAUUAAGACCGCGUCUGUUGCGGCGAAGAAACGCCGAACAAGGGGUGGAAAAGGUACCAAAAACUCGGACGCCGAAACCAAAGCAAAAACCGGCGCCUCUAAGUAAAUAUAGGCGUAAGACCGCAAACGCUCGGGAAAGAAGUCGCAUGAGGGAAAUUAAUCAGGCAUUCGAAACGUUACGUCGUGCCGUCCCAUCAAUCUACUCGACCGAUGUGAGUACCAACGAAAAGUUAACGAAAAUUACAACGCUCAGACUUGCAAUGAAGUACAUAUCAACUUUAAGUGCCGCGUUAAACGGUCCCGACCUUAUAAAUUCGGACUUCUUUUCGGAUUGCAGUGAUUUAGAUUGUUUACUGUUAGAAUCUGACGGCGAAUCGCUGCCUUUGAGAUCAGAUUUUUCCGAUAAUUCACUGACACCCGCGGACUUUGCAGUCGAUUUCCCGGAGGAAUCCCUCACGUCCGUCGAUUUUUCACCCGAUUUUACGGAUCAUCUGUCAUCGUUCGACCCAUUUUUUUCGAACAUUAGUUAGCCGACCUUGCACUAAGUAAGUGGACAAUUAAAAUGAUUUUGUGUAAUUUAUCUUAUAUUUACCCAAUACUUAGUAUUGUAAAAAUUACAACCCGCAAUGCGAUCAACCGCUCAAGUCGUUACCUGAGCGCCGGGCGGUUUUAUAUUUAUAGGUAUUUAUGAUUUUUAUUGUAUAGAUUGCAAUUACGUAUAUGUUAAUAUAAUUUUGUCAUUUA